GACAGAACAUCGCAGUUGUACCAGUUUGGGAGAAAAAUAUGGAAUGUCUUUCACUGCUGACCGAAGGCAGCCAAAUGAACAGUAUUUAUAGUAGUUUGAAAAUCAGCAGUUAGCAGUUUCUUCACAUUCUAACACUACCCAGCACUUUCCAGAGAGAACUCAUUGUUUACAAGAAAUCUGCUUUCCAAAUCCGUUACGGUGCCCUCCAGCCUUGACUAUUAACUAUUUGCAAAGGGGAAGCUGAGCUACGGUUUGGGGAAAGAUGGCAAUGGAAGAGUACCUGUGGAUGGUCAUUGUGGGCUUUAUCAUUGCUUUUAUUUUAGCCUUUUCGGUUGGUGCAAAUGAUGUUGCCAAUUCCUUCGGCACGGCUGUGGGCUCUGGUGUCGUUACUUUACGCCAGGCUUGCAUUUUGGCUUCGGUUUUUGAAACCACUGGCUCGGUAUUACUGGGAGCAAAAGUCGGAGAAACGAUUCGGAAAGGUAUCAUUGAUGUUAACCUGUACAACAAAACUGUCCCGCUGCUGAUGGCAGGAGAAGUGAGUGCGAUGGUUGGUUCUGCUGUGUGGCAGCUGAUUGCAUCGUUCUUGAAACUCCCGAUAUCAGGGACCCAUUGCAUUGUAGGUGCUACGAUUGGAUUUUCUCUGGUGGCAAUUGGUACGCAGGGAGUUCAGUGGAUGCAGCUUGUCAAGAUCGUUGCCUCUUGGUUUAUUUCCCCACUGUUAUCUGGUUUGAUGUCUGGAGUCCUCUUUGUGCUGAUUAGAUUCUUCAUUUUAAACAAGGAAGACCCUGUGCCCAACGGUCUUCGCGCACUUCCAGUGUUUUAUGCUGCUACCAUAGCUAUUAACGUGUUUUCCAUCAUGUACACGGGGGCACCAGUACUGGGACUGGUACUGCCAAUGUGGGCCAUUGCUCUAAUAUCCAUCGGCGUAUCCGUAGUAUUUGCUGUCUUAGUCUGGAUUUUUGUGUGCCCCUGGAUGAAGAGAAAAAUAGAAAGCCGGUUAAAGAAAGAUGCUGCACUGUCAAGGAUAUCAGAUGAAAGCCUUGAUAAAAUCCAAGAUGAAGAAACACCAGUCUUUAAAGAGCUUCCCGGUGCCAAAGCAUCUGACGAGAGCACAAUUCCCCUUACUGGCUCAGCAACAGAAGCUGCUGGGGCAUCAGAUGCUAUUGCGAACGGAAACCAUCCACAUAUACCGUAUGGAAGGGCAUUUUCGAUGACGCACACCUCGGUGAAAUCCCCUGUUUCCAACGGCACUUUCAGCUUUGAUGGCCAGGUGAGGAGCGACGGCCACGUUUAUCACACUGUGCACAAGGACUCAGGUUUAUACAAAGACUUGCUCCACAAAAUACACCUGGACAGGGCCACCGAUGAAAGGCCCGCGCAGGAAAACAACUACAAACUCCUACGGCGCAACAACAGCUACACGUGUUACACAGCUGCUAUCUGUGGCAUGCCCGUGCAUUCCUCCUUUAAGGCAGCAGACACGUCAACUCCAGAGGACAGCGAGAAGUUAGUGGGAGACACGGUUUCCUACUCCAAGAAGCGAGUUCGCUACGACAGCUACUCCAGCUAUUGCAACGCAGUGGCCGAGGCAGAGAUCGAGGCAGAGGAAGGUGGGGUAGAAAUGAAGUUGGCCUCUGAACUCGCAGAUCCCAACAGGCCCCCCGUUGAUCCCGUGGAAGAGGAUAAGGAAGAGAAAGACACGUCUCAGGUCCAUCUGCUUUUCCACUUCCUCCAGAUCUUAACAGCCUGCUUUGGAUCCUUUGCCCACGGAGGUAAUGAUGUCAGCAACGCAAUCGGUCCCCUCGUCGCGCUCUGGCUUAUCUACGAGCAAGGCGGUGUCAUGCAAGAAGCGUCGACUCCCGUCUGGCUGCUGUUUUACGGAGGUGUUGGGAUCUGUGUGGGCCUCUGGGUCUGGGGUAGGAGAGUUAUCCAGACCAUGGGUAAAGACCUCACGCCAAUCACACCGUCAAGUGGAUUCACUAUUGAGUUGGCUUCGGCGUUCACAGUUGUGGUAGCUUCCAAUGUUGGACUUCCUGUCAGUACUACACACUGCAAGGUGGGCUCCGUGGUGGCCGUCGGCUGGAUCCGCUCCAAGAAAGCCGUCGACUGGCGCCUUUUCCGCAACAUCUUCCUGGCGUGGUUCGUGACUGUGCCGGUGGCCGGCUUGUUCAGCGCCGGCGUGAUGGCGCUGCUGACCUACGGGGUCCUGCCGUACGUCUGA